UGGAGCCCAUGUCGCUCACUGGCACGGUUUGUUUACAGGCGGAGAGGCUGAGGAGAAGGGGAUCUUACAGGACCUGGGAGACUGUACAAUCUACCUCUGUCUGUGGAAGAAAAUCAGCUUUCUGACUUUGUCUCAUAUACGUUUCUCUCAUUCGGACACAUGUUCAGCUGUCACAGCGGAUAGCUGUGCGGAACGCGAUCACAACGUGGAGCAGAGGCAGUUUUUAUUUUUUAUUCCCGAAUCAAAAUAGAGAGCGCAAGCGCUGCAGAAGCACGACGGAGUCACGUCUGUCAGCUUGUCAGAGUCUCACUGAAAUGAAAGAGUUCUCAUUUAGGAGCUAGCCAACUGGUCGGAAAAUAUCACCGUAUUUCACAAGUGUAGCAAGUCAAAUGUAGUGUUUUCUUCUCGGUGGAAGACUUGAGAGGAUUUUACGAAAGACGCGCUAACGUUACGCCACGCAUGCCACAACCAGCGACUCAGUAGCAAAGGGCUCCAAAAUCCACCUGAAAUUAAGUUAACUGUCGCCUUUACGGAGAUUUUUAUGAAUGCAACUUUUUUCUUUUAUUUAAAAGAAGAUGCAUUACAGCUGUGUGUACAUGCGUGGGUUUUAUUAAAGUUAUAAUUGAGAGAGCUGGUGAUAAGCAGCGCAAACUUCACUUGUGGCCUGGACUUUGGUGGAGGAGCCAGUCGAAGCAGCUAGCUAGCUUAGCUGCUAGCUGUAACGUUAUUAGCUUCUGUUGGGCCAACAAGUUGUAUUUUUUUUCUUUCUUUUCCAGUACAUACAAACUCAGCUGGGCCAAUUUCACUAACCAGUGCAUUUAAAGACACAGACAGAGCAUCCCUGCCCCGUGCUGUUGUUUCUUCAGCGUGCUUUUCCGUGAGGUGGCUAACUUUAGCAGGAGCAUUAGCUCGUGUUUGAUUGAACACGUUGGUCUCGUGCCCCCGCCCAUCUUCCGGGAUGUCUUUUAUUUAUUUUUGUUUACCUGUUGGCCCACGUAGCAAAACCAAACCAGCUUCCUAAGGCAUUUCUCUUGCAGUGUGAACUGUCAUCCUCGUCAAGGAUUAUUGUGUGUUUGACUUGGAAUAGUGCUGGAUGGGGUCUAAUCCCGAAUCAGUUAUGUGUCUCCGGACUUUGUGUUUGGGUCUUGUUUUGACCGCUGUCUGCUUUGUGAUGAGCUGUCAUCGAGCGAGUGGAGAGAUUUGUCCUAGCAAGGACAUCCGGAACAAUGUGACCAACCUGCAGACGCUCCAGAACUGCACUGUGAUUGAAGGCCACCUGAAGAUCUUACUCAUGUUCAGGACCAAGCCCGAGGACUUCCGGGGCCUCAGUUUCCCCAGGCUGACAGUGAUCACCGACUACCUGUUGCUCUUCAGAGUGUAUGGCCUGGAGAGCCUGAGCGACCUCUUCCCCAACCUAACAGUUAUCAGAGGCAACCACUUGUUCUUCAACUAUGCCCUAGUGGUGUUUGAGAUGCUACAGCUGCGAGAGAUCGGCCUCCACAGCUUGAUGAACAUCACCAGAGGAGCUGUGAGACUUGAGAAGAACCCUGAUCUCUGCUAUCUCUCCACUCUGGACUGGUCCAAGAUCCUGGACUCGGUCGAGGACAACUACAUCAUGGCUAACAAGAACGACAGAGAGUGUGGAGACGUGUGUCCAGGGACAGCUGUCGGAAAGGCCACCUGCCAGACGACCACAAUCAACGGACACUUCAGUGAACGCUGCUGGACACAGAACCACUGCCAAAGAAUGUGUCCCCUUCAUUGCAAACACCGAGCCUGUACCAAGGAUGACCAGUGCUGUCAUGACCAGUGCCUGGGCGGCUGCAUGAAGCCCAACUCGGCCAGUGACUGCGUGGCCUGUCGUGGUCUCCAGCAUGAGGGCAACUGUGUGGAGCACUGUCCCGAAAACUACUUCACCUACAAUGGUUGGCGCUGUGUCUCCUUCGCCUUCUGCCAGGAUCUCCAUAACAAGUGUAAGCGGGAGAAGGAGCACAGCAAGAGCGCCGACUGCCAUCAGUACGUCAUCCACAAUGGUGCCUGCAUACCUGAGUGUCCCUCCGGCUACACAACCGUCAACUCCUCCUUGAUCCACUGCACUCCCUGUGCAGGGCUCUGUCCUAAGGUGUGUAUGGGUCUGCAAACUGUGGACUCUGUCACUGCUGCGCAGGCUUUGAGGGGCUGCACUGUUCUCAAUGGGAGUCUGGUCAUCAACCUGCGUAGAGGAAACAACAUAGCAGCUGAACUGGAGGCCAGCCUGGGCCAGCUGGAGGAGAUCACAGGUUACCUGACAGUGCGGCGCUCCUACGCCCUUGUGUCCCUCUCAUUUUUUCGCAAACUUCAUGUUAUUCGUGGAGAGGAACAGGAAAUCGGGAAUUACUCAUUUUAUGCCCUGGACAACCAGAACCUGCGGCAGCUCUGGGACUGGUCCAAGCACAACCUCACCAUCCUGCAGGGACGCAUGUUUUUCCACUAUAACUCAAAACUCUGCAUGUCUGAGAUCCGCAAGAUGGAGGAGUUUACAGGAACUAAAGCACGGCAGGUGAAGAAUGACAUCGCCUCCAAGACCAAUGGAGACCAGGCUUCAUGCGAGAACCAUUUGUUGAGGUUUACCCAGAUCAGAACCAUGAGCGAUAAAAUAAUGGUCAAGUGGGAACCCUUCUGGCCUCCAGACUUCAGAGACCUGCUGGGCUUUAUGGUGCUUUACAAAGAAGCACCUUUUCAGAACGUAACCGAGUUUGAUGGGCAGGACGCCUGUGGCUCUAACAGCUGGGUGAUCGCUGACGUUGACCCUCCACGUCGAGCCACAGAAGGGGACAAAGAGCAGUUUGAGCCAGGUCAUCUCAUCUUGCCGCUGAAGCCCUGGACACAGUAUGCCAUAAUGGUGAAAACCCAGCUCUCAGCCUCUGAUGAGCAUCAGGUCCACGGAGCCAAGAGCGAGAUCAUCUACGUUCGCACUAAUGCCACCAAACCCUCUGUCCCGCUGGACCCCAUUUCCUCAUCCAACUCCUCCUCCCAGAUCAUCCUCAAGUGGAAACCUCCCAAUGAUCCCAACGGCAACAUCACUCACUACCUUGUCUUCUGCCAGCGUCAGCCUGAAGCCAGCGAGCUCUACAAGUUUGACUACUGUCAGAAGGGGAUGAAGUUGCCGUCACGGGCGCCCACUCAGGUGGACAGUGACGAGGAGCAGAAGUGGAACCAGACAGAGGAACAAGGCCAGGGGACACGAUGCUGUGCCUGCCCCAAAACCGACAAGGAGCUCAAGAAGGAGAAAGAGGACUCAGAAUACCGCAAGACCUUUGAGAAUUACCUCCACAAUGAAGUCUUUGAGAUCAAACGCUCGAGGCAGCGACGUUCCGUGAUGGGCAUCGCCAACCGGACACAGCCUUUCCACAUAACCACCACCCCGAGCCCACCCGAGGGCUCACACAGCCCUGAUGAUGAGUCCGAAGAAAGUUUUGAAAGUGCCAAAAUUGUGGUCACUGUCCAUGCCAAAGAGUCCACUGUCAUCUCCAACCUGCGCCACUUCACCAGCUACCAGAUUGAGAUCCAUGCCUGCAACCACCCAACUGACCAGGCCCGCUGCAGCAUGGCUGCCUAUGUCAGUGCUCGUACUCUGCCUGAAGACAAAGCUGAUGACAUCACAGGUCCCAUUACUUACGAGGUGACAGAAAAUACAGUCCACAUCACAUGGCAGGAACCCAAGGCUCCUAAUGGUAUGAUCAUCCUGUAUGAGGUCAACUACAAGAGACUGGGGGACACUGAGGAGUUGCACUAUUGUGUGUCAAGAUACACUUACAGAAUGGCCCGUGGCUGCAAGCUGAAAGUGAUGCAUCCUGGGAACUACACAGUGAGGAUCCGGGCCACGUCGCUGGCUGGGAACGGAUCCUGGACCGAGCCCACAUACUUCUAUGUCCAAGAUCCUACCGAUCCUUUCUACGUUGUAAAGAUUGUCAUCGGCCCGGUCAUCUGCCUUGUCCUGCUGCUGGUGGUGGCUUUGGUCGGAGCCAUCGUGUUCAGGAAGAAUCAAACUCAGGGGCCGAGUGGUCCCAUCUACGCCUCGUCAAACCCAGAGUAUCUCAGCGCUAAUGAUGUGUACGAGGAGGACGAGUGGGAGGUGCCCAGAGAGAAGAUCAUCAUUUUGAGAGAACUGGGUCAGGGCUCCUUUGGUAUGGUCUACGAGGGCAUCGCCAAGGACAUCGUCAAGGGUGAGGCGGAAACGCAUGUAGCAGUGAAGACGGUGAAUGAAUCAGCCAGCCUGAGGGAGAGAAUUGAGUUCCUGAAUGAGGCCUCGGUCAUGAAGGCCUUCAACUGCCACCAUGUGGUGCGUCUGUUGGGUGUUGUGUCUAAAGGCCAGCCCUCACUGGUGGUGAUGGAGCUGAUGACCCAUGGAGACCUGAAGAGCUUCCUGCGCUCUCUGCGGCCUGAUGCUGAGAACAACCCUGGCCGUCCACCACCCAACUUAAAGGAGAUGAUCCAAAUGGCUGCUGAGAUCGCAGAUGGCAUUGCUUACCUCAACGCCAAGAAGUUUGUCCACAGAGACCUGGCAGCCAGGAACUGCAUGGUAGCUCACGAUCUCACCGUCAAAAUAGGAGACUUUGGCAUGACGAGAGACAUCUACGAGACAGACUACUACAGGAAAGGAGGGAAGGGCCUCCUUCCCGUCAGGUGGAUGGCACCCGAGUCUCUAAAGGAUGGAGUCUUCACUGCACAUUCAGACUGCUGGUCAUUUGGGGUUGUGCUGUGGGAGAUCAGCACGCUGGCUGAGCAGCCUUACCAGGGCCUGUCCAACGAGCAGGUCCUCAAGUUUGUCAUGGAUGGAGGCAGCCUGGAGCGGCCGGACAACUGCGCUGAUAGACUACACAACCUAAUGCAGAUGUGCUGGCAGUACAAUCCCAAGAUGCGUCCCACCUUCCAGGAGAUCAUCGAGAGGCUGCGUGAGGACCUGCAUCCUUCCUUCCAGGAGGUUUCCUUCUUCUACAGUGAGGAGAACAAGCCACCCGAGAGUGAAGACUUUGACCUGGACAUGGAAAACAUGGAGAGUAUCCCUCUGGACCCGUCGUCCUACUCCCAGAGGGAGCAGUGUUUGGACAGGGAUGAGGCCUCCAUGGGUUUGAGGGGCAGUUAUGAGGAGCACCACAUCCCGUUCACACACAUGAACGGGGGAAAGACCAACGGACGAAUACUGGGGCUACCUCGGUCCAGCCCCUCCUAACAUACAGUACUGUACAAAUCCCACAGAAAAACAUUGAUGCUAUAGAUUUAAAUAUAUUUUGUUUUUGUUGUCAUUUUAUACAGACCACACUUUUAUCACACUCUCUUCAAAAGCCCCUCAGUGCAUAUCUCAGGACCUUGUUUUUCCCCUCAGAUGCCACAAACACACACUACAGCAAGUCCACACCAGGAGACACCUUUUUGUAUUUAAGGACAAAUCUCCCAUGUCUCUGUUGUUAAUGAUUGUAGUUUAUAUACUGUAAAUAUAAUGCCAAGGUUGUGCUUGACUGGGUGGAUAUUGGAUUCAACUGUGAAACAAACUCUUGACAAACAAGAAGGCUGCUACACCCACUGUUCCUCCAUAAGUUCAGACUGUGUCCCUCGCCCCUAACCCAACAAAAGUGUUCAUCCCAAGGUUUUGAAUAAAGUGCCCUUGUGUUUUGUAUUUCAUAGCCUACACCAGUUGUUGUGGAACUGUGUCUGAAUCGUCUAAACAAGUAGAUGAUGAACUGAAGGUGAAAGGCUUUGGGAACCUUCUGUUGGAGGGAAGACAAACCAUCCUCGAACAAACUUAUCCACUGGAGAAGCUGGUUGAAGCGGCUUACCUCCACAUACUCUGCAGUAUUCCAAAAUGGCUCACAGGAUAACCACAGGACUUUGUUGGGUUAUAUUUUUUAAUUUAUUUACCUGUUUUCUUUUUUCCUUUUGAAUUUUCACAUUUACAGCUGAAGGAUAUUUAACUAUUCUCAAAAACAUUGGUGAAUGAGCUCCUCAGAUUGACCAAUAGCUGCUUCUUUGGUAUAUUUUAGUGGGUAUAGAAGAUAUAUUAUUGAUGUUUUUGUACAUAGCUGAUAUGUUGUUGUUCUUGAGAUAUUUCUGGUCACAGAAAUGUUUUUAUGUUAGUCUCUUGUGUUUAUUUUUUCUAAUCCAGAAAAAUCAUACUAAUUAGCUUUUUGGACACAUGAUCAACCAGCAGCGUUUGGUCUUUUUGCUAUGUGAUACCUGGGAAAAAAUCUUCAGCUUAAGAUCUCUGCCCAUUAUAUCAAGAUCAAAUAAAAUAGUGCUGUAAAUAGUGCAGCAAGGUGCAUUCAUGAAGAGGCUCUGGUGUUGCUUGUUUUCCAUUCUCUUGGUACAUGUGUUUUUCCAGACAGUGAUGUGUUUCCUCAGUAAAUACUGAGAUUUAUGUGCUUAUGUAGAGGGAAGCUGUUGUUUCAUCCCAGUGAGUAGAAAGGCAGGGUUUUGUUUCUGUCAGAGCGAGCCAUGCAAAACUAAUAAACACACAACUGGUUCACACACAUAGAUCUGAUGUGGGAUUAGUGAAGCCACUACAGAUUCUACUAUCUGAGAAUAAAAUAGGAAUUCAAUUAUGCCAUAUAUUGGUGUAAAAGUAAACCCACCAGGAAGUGUUAUAGUGCAAUACCGCCACCUACUGGACAAAAAAGGGAAAUUGAAACUACUUGACUAUUUCCUAUUUCUGGUACUUGGUGCUACAUUUUAGAGCCAUAAGUUAUACUUUUUUGCUCCAUUACGUUUACCUGGCACCUUUAUUUACUGGUGUCAGAUGCCAUGAUGUUAUGCAGGCUUCAUGUAUCACUGAAACCACGUGUAACUCCUGAAUGUUCUGGAGCCUUAACCUGUAACCCAAUCUGCCCCAGCAGGUAGAGCCACUCUGUUGCUAUGAAAUCUUAAAUGUUAAUAUGUCCACUUCUGAGCACUCUGAGGACUUUUUGUUCACAUAGGCUUUAAGUUCAGUCUUGAUGCGGGAAAUAUCAGUUGACAAACCAUUCGUGCAUCCAUUCAGCUCUGACUACAGGUAUUUCCACUCAAGUAUUAACUAAACACAAUCUGAAUCAAAGUGUAAGGUAAAAGUCAUGUGACAAUAUGUUAAUAUUUGCUGGUUUUCCUAGACUGAUAAACCAAACGAUGACAAAGUUUGUUCAGUUUUAGACUGUUCACAACAAAAGGCAUUUUUGGAUCACAGUUUAUCUAUUAAUUAACAAAAUAACAGGCAUAUUAAUUGAUAAUGCACAUAAUUAGUUGCUGCCCUAUAAUAUAUGACAUGCUUAGGCUCGAACAUUUAAACAGAGUAGAAACAACUGACACACACACUCUUGCCAAGAUUUUAACUUAGUCUAUAUUAAUUCAUGGUUUGUUGAUAUACAAAUCAAAUGGAGCUGCUUCACAGUCAAAUUAGUUAUUGUGAAAAGCAGAAGAAUGCAAAUAAAUAUGCAAUAUAGAGCCAGACCUUUACACCAUAAAAAUGUUCUUAAUGCAUGUUCAAAUAGCUAUUUUCAUACAGAUUGUCUCUACAUGUUUACCUUUACAAGUAGCUGUUUCAAGAAAAAUAGUUGUGAUUUCAGUAAUGAGGGGCCUGUGCCCCUGUGGAGCUUUGUCUAGCAAUGCCCCUGCUACAGUGAUUGGUGCAGUUAUGUAACUGCUAGAUUAUUUUCCAGUGGUUUGAUGGAAUUAAGGACUGUGUAUAUAUACUACAUGUACUUUGAGUAGCCUUUAAUUUCAUGCUAGUUUAUACUUGUACGUUACUACCCUUUAGAAUUAUCUUUUUACUCUUAAUACAUCUACUUUUUAUGCUUAAAAGUACAUUUUGCGGAGCUUCCAUAAAAUAUUACUUUACAUGCAGAACUUUUACUGAGCAUUUCUGCACUAUUAUAUUAGUACUUAAGUAAAUAAUCUGAGGGGGCUACUUCUUCCACCACUUAUUUUUCACAUAUUUCUGUUAAUAACACUGACAAGUACAAAA